GCAUAAUCAAUACGUCCUCCAACGUUUUCGAGUAUAAAAGAAUGCUGCGACAAGCUGGUAGGACAACAACAAUUCCUUCAGUUUGAAAAAGAAACGUAUACAGUUGUGAUAAACGCUCUCCCUUUUGUAAAAAGACGCCAUGAAAAUCGUGAUGUUGGCCGUUUGUCUAGUGAACUUGGCAUUGUUGGUGUCAGUUUACGCGGAUGAAAAAGCGGAUCAAACUUCGGCUGAUUUUGCAGCCGGAAUGGAGGGAAUGAAUUACAACGGGGAUGAAACCAAACAUCGGCCAAUCUUCAUUCUACCACGACCUCCGAUUUAUGGUGGCUACGGCGGAUACGGAGGUUACCAUGGGGGAUACGGUGGCUAUGGCGGUUACGGAGGCUAUGGUGGAUAUGGACAUGGCUUCGGACCAUAUUAUGGUUAAAGAAGUAUACUUUGUAUAGAAAUCGUGAUCCCGUUCCCGACCGACUUGCUCUUACACGAACCGUUCAACGUCAAACGCUUUAUCGGAAAUAUUAUUAGGCUAUAAUAGCCAAUCAAGCAUUUGAAAAUGUUUCCUGAUAGAGAUGUUUUGAUGUCUCAUUUGUCUAAACCAUCAGCACUUCAGUACUUUUAUAUUUUUUAUCUUGUAUCUACUGCUGUUCCCCGGUUAUACCUUCAUUUUAUACAAUAAAUAGUUUCACAUCAUU